AUGAAGUCUUCCGCCGCCACUCUGCUUGCAGCCGCUUCCGUGGCGUACGCCCAGCUCGCCAACGUCUCUGAGCCUUCUCUAACGGAGAUCGAGAAGGCCGCGGCCACAAUUGAGCCAUACUCCCCCGUUUCCAAUGUCGAGGGCCUUGUCUUCAAUCGCUUCUAUCAGAUUUGGCUUGAGAACAUUGACUACGAGGAUGCUGCUGCGGACGAGAACGUGCAAUGGCUGGCUUCGCAAGGUAUCACACUGACCAAUUUCUACGCAGUCACCCAUCCUUCCGAGCCAAAUUACUGUGCCUCGGCCUCUGGCGACACCUUUGGCAUGGACAACGAUGACUUCCAGCAAAUUCCGGCCAACGUUUCUACUGUCGCUGAUUUGCUGGACACGAAAAACAUUGCUUGGGGUGAAUAUCAGGAGCACCUCCCUUAUCCUGGCUUCCAAGGGUAUAAUUACUCUAAUCAAGUCACCUAUGCCAAUGACUACGUGCGAAAACACAACCCUUUGAUUUUGUUCGACUCGAUUGCCCAGAAUAGCACUCGCUUGCGUCAGAUCAAGAACUUCACCAGCUUUGAAGACGACUUGGCCAACAAGAAGCUACCUCAGUGGGCCUUUAUCACUCCCAACAUGACUAAUGAUGCCCACGACACAAACAUCACCUUUGCUGCUCAGUGGGAGCGCAGCUGGGUGCCUCCGUUGCUGAACAACUCCUACUUCAUGAACGAUACCUUGUUGCUCCUCACCUUUGAUGAGGACAAGACCUACCCCAAGGGAAACAAAAUCUUCAGUAUUUUGUUGGGUGGUGUGAUUCCCGACAACCUAAAGGGCACUAAGGACGACACCUUCUACACCCACUACUCCGUCAUUGCAUCCGUCUCGGCCAACUGGGGGUUGCCUUCCCUUGGGCGCUGGGACUGUGGCGCCAACAUUCUCGAAAUCGUGGCUAACAAGACCGGUUACGUUAACUACGAUGUUGACACCACUAAUCUCCACCUUAACGAGACCUACCCUGGCCCGCUCUCUGACAAUGAUUACUCGGAGUACUCUUCUGCGUGGCCAGUCCCUUUGACUAAUGGUACUUGCUCGGCUGGUCAUGGUAUUCUUGACAUUGUGAAGAAGAACUUUGCCAACACUGAGCCUACUUACAACUACACCAGCCCUUUCCCGUACGACACCAAAUCCAAGUAUAAUGUCGACGUCACCGCCACCAGGAAGCAGAACAGCUCCAACUCCUCUAUAUCUUCUUCUGCUUCAUCAUCCGCUGUUGCCAACAAUGGUAACCCUAUGAUGUUGCCUGGUGUUGCCACUCUUUCGGGUGCCGUUGUGGCUCUGCUGAUGAGCAUUCUGUGA